CAGUGAUCUAUAGCAAUCAACUAUUUUAAUUCUUGUUCGUUUCAAAUAGCUGUCAGUACAUCGGAAGGAGUAGAAUUUGUCAUCUCGACACCGUCAAUGAAGCAAUCAGCCAUUGAUUUGUCUGGAUUCCCUAAGCUGAUACUGAGACUUUAUUCAAGAUGGAAUUGUACUGUAAGGGUGUGUACAGAUGGCUUGACGAGCUUUCGAAACUUUGUCAACAAGCUAGUAGCUGUACGACCUUUGACCCCAACUCGAUUCUUUCACGAGGAAUUAUUUUAUGGUCCCAAACUGGCUUCCGGCUACAGGUGGACGUACCACUUGAAAUCGAAAGAGACGUUCACAGUUUUGGUCAUCUUGAUGACGGGGCGGUUGAAAGCUGAGACUUUUACAGCUGUGCCAGUGUCUGGCUGGGGAAAGGAAUACAUUAUUGUGACCCUAAGAUCAGAUAUUGGUUCCGGUGGAACUGUUAUCAUUGACAGGAGACAGGGGCUAAGGCGAGCAGCAGACGCUUAA